AAACAGAAAAGUAUGCCAUGAGAGUUUUGCCUCUCAAAUAGAAAUUCACUCGUAACUAUUAUAAGUUUUAGCCAAGCAACACUAGACGUAAUAAACGAAAGAAAUACAUUAAUUUUUUUUUAUUUCGUGAGAACAGCUACAAGGUUUUUUAGUAAGAAAACUGAUCAGUACAGUUGUGUCGACUUAGAAACCAGAAGACAACACAUUUAUCAUGGCCGUCAACGUAUACUCCACAAAUGUGACCACAGAGAAUCUUUCACGCCACGAAAUGCUGGCAUGGGUUAACGAUUGCCUGAAAUCGAAUUUUUCCAAAAUCGAGGAGCUAUGUACGGGUGCGGCAUACUGCCAGUUUAUGGACAUGCUGUUUCCCAAUUCAGUGCCCCUAAAACGUGUCAAAUUCCGAACAAAUCUUGAGCACGAGUACAUUCAAAACUUCAAGUUACUGCAGGCAAGCUUCAAAAAGAUGUCUGUAGAUAAGAUUAUACCCAUUGAUAAACUGAUCAAAGGCCGCUUCCAAGAUAAUUUAGAAUUUUUACAAUGGUUUAAAAAGUUCUUCCAUGCCAACUACAAAGGCAGGGACUACGAUGCCAGUGCAGCCCGCGAAGGUGCCCCUAUGGUUUUUGCUUCCGUAGGAGGCGGCAGCUCACGGCGUGUUCCUUCGACAUCGAGACGUCCUGCAGGGACAUCUGCGGACACUGCGACAGAUCACCCCAGUGAAGGGACAACCGAUGGAGGUGGCGAUAAUACGCCUGACCUGUUGGCUAGUAUCGUAGAGCUGAAGAAGGAGCGCGACUUCUACUUUUCUAAAUUACGCGACAUUGAGGUCCUUUGUCAAGAAUCCGAGGAGAUCGAAGGGAUGCCGAUUAUACAGCACAUUUUACGCAUUUUGUAUGCGACUGAUGAAGGGUUUUCUCCCCCGAACGCCAAGUCAGAGGAGGAAGAGUAUUAAUUUAAACUAAAAAGCACACCACGAAAUCAAUUUGCCGCCUAUUCAUAUCCAAAGCCAAGGUGUUUACAGCUGCUGUUGUUAUGUAAUCUAACUUUGUCUAUUCAAUACAUUUGAGCAUAUUAAAAUAAUAUAAAGUACUCAAA